CAGCCCAUGACAAUAGAGCCAAUAAGAAACUGUAAGACAUCUAUCUGUGCCUCAGUUUGGCUGCCAGGCUGGCCCUGGAGAAGUGUGGAAACACUGGAUUGGAGCCAAAACUGACAAGAGGAGAAAGGAAGUCCAACAGCUUGCUUCCACCUCCAGACGCCAGAGGCUGCUUCCUCUGAUGAAGUCGCAUGUGCCGCCCACACUGUCAGCUCAGUACACCCGGGCCCACCUCACCCUGGGAGCAGCAGCCUCCUGCAGUCACCCAGGCCAUGGCCCGCAGGCUCUCACCCCGAAUGCCACCAGCUGGCAGUGCCCUCCACCGGGGAUAGCUCCGGGGACUAGUGCCUGCUCAGAUUCUUCAUUUUCCCCUCUGUCCAGGGAAAGUUCUGGGAUAGGCAGGGCUCUCACGGCUGUGGAGGGAAUCACCUAAGGAGCAUUAUAAACACCCAGAGAAUUGGUCACCCCCAGAACUCUGCACUUGGGAGCCAAGCCCAGAGACUGUGUGGUGCAUCCAGGCAGAAGCAUCCAGAAGGAGCAGAAGGCUCUGUGCACUCAGUGACUCUGGAGUCCCCGUCCUGGACCUGCCACUGGAGAGUCAUGUGACACUGGCUCCUCCUCUGGGUUGUAGCUGGGCAGACACUGCCGGCCGCCUUUCCUCCUGAACGAGCCUGAGCUGGUCCCGCUGCCACCCCUUCCCCUGGGAGGAGAGACACAGAGGCCAGGAGACACUCAGGAACCAGAGAGAAGGAGACGGGCGGACUCUGAGGCCUUGGAGACGUGGAGGGUGCUAGAGAGCCCCAGCCGGCCAAGUAGCCCCAGGUGGCCCCUCCUAGGACCCCGCCUGACAGCACUACACAUCCUCUCAGCCCCUGGAGGACAACCAGGCCAUGGGGUGGCCCCAGCUGCUGCCCCAGCUGCUGCUGCUGGCGUCUCUGCAGGCUGGCAGCUCAGCCGGAUCCAAUAGACAGUUCCCCUAUGGGGUCGACCAACCAGCGCACCUCUCAGCCCCUGAGGGCGGCUCUGUGGACAUCCCCUUCUCCUUCUACUACCCCUGGGAGUUAGCCAAGGAGCCCAAGGUGGAUAUAGGCUGGAGACUGACACACUUCCACGGGGAGAUCCUUUACAACAGGACGCGGUCUUUCACCCAUCACAAUUACAAGAACCGGAUCGACCUUAACUGGACCAAGGGGUCCAAGAAUGGCUCCUUCAGGAUCAGAAACCUGCGGAAAGAGGACGAGACUACAUACUUCUGCCGGAUCCGACUGAACACACGGAUAGAGGGCAGCAAGGUGUGGCAAUCCAUCAACGGGACCAAACUGUCCAUCAUCCCCGCAUCCAGGAUGACAAGUCAAGGCCCCACCUACACCCCCACAGCCACCACCGCUGACCUCAGGGACCCGGGGGCCAAAAAGAGCUCAGAGUCUUCGCCCCUGAGUGUGAGAGCUGCAAUCGGGGUGGCACUGGCCGGUGUUGUGCUCCUAACUGCAUUUUUGGGACUGAUUUUCUACAUCUGGAGGAAAAGAAGCAAAGGACGGAGCGCGGAAGCCGGGAGCCCAGCCAGGGACUCGCUGCACAGAGCCGAGGAGAAAUACGAGAACGUUGGGAGUACAGGACAACUUACAGACCCCAAGCUGAACCCCAAGGAGGAUGGCAUCCUCUACGCCUCGCUUGCCCUCUCCAGCUUGAUCUCUCCAGCAGCCCCUGCCCAAGAGAGCCCCCAGGAAGAGACCCUAUACUCUAUGGUAAAGGCCUAGCGAGAGGGACCAAAUGACAACCUCCUCAGAGUAAGCUGUGCAGAGGGGUCACAGCUUCCUACAGACACCACGGCCAGUCACAGACGUCUCAAAAGCCAGCAGGUGUUGAAGCCACCAGGGACCAGAAGGAACCAGCCAUCUGCUCUAAUUCCCUCUUCAACUCCUAACCUUUGCCCACACAAAUAAAAGUUCCCAUAG